UUGCCCCCCACCACCACCACCACCACGCAGGGGGCACUUUUUCCUUGCCCCGAAAGAAGAGUUGAGCCCGCCGGCCGCGAGGCCGAUCAGCCCAGUGCCGACAGACGCUUUUGCGCGAGUGGACCAGCGAGCCUCCGCGCCGCCGGGACAAUUUGGGGUGCAGGAGCCCCAAGGGAGCGGCCGAGGCCAUUGGCCGAGAUUCUGCGCCGGAGAGCAGCUGGCAGCCCCGUCUUCCGGCGCCAAAGGCCAGCCGCCCCCUUCCCGGCUACGCUGCUUCCUUCUCCGCCGAAAGCGAAAGCGGGUCCGCCGCCAGAGGAGACCGCGCAGCGUCGCUCUCCCGCGCUCGAUCCUCGCUGGUCCGAUCCCGCUCGGCAUGGCCACCUCGUCCGCGCCCGCCUGCGGCAACUUGCAGAGCCCCGUCCUCCUCCUCCUCCUCCUCCUCGUCGGUGCGUCCCUGAGCGCGUCGCCGCCGCCUUCAGCCGCCGCCGCGGCCAAGCUGGGCUGCUGGUUCGUGGAGGAGGCGGGAGGCAGCGGCGGCCGCGGGUCAGUGUUGCCCAGCGACCUGAACCAGCGCCGCGCUGUGCUCAUCCUGCCGCCACCGGGCCGCCGCCUGCCUGAAGCCUCCCUGGAGCCCGACCUGCCCGCGGAGGUGGAGCCCGGCCUGGCCUUCCAGCUGCUGGACCCAUCUGGGACCCUCUGGAGUGGCAGAGAGCCCGGGGCCCACCCCCUCUGGCAUGGGGCCGAUCUCCCCAGCCCAGAGACUGAGGCCCAGGUGGCCUGUGAGAUCAACCCGUACCACCCCCAAGAGGCCCAUGUGCCCUGGGCUGCAGGGCUGGUGGGGCAGAAGGGCUGCCCCCGCUCCCUGGAAGGCCAGUGGGUCAUCGCCACCAUCCAGAACCCAGAGGUGAACUUCGGGGUCAGUAGCAUCCUGCACGGGGAGGCACCGUUGUCUGGGAAACGAGAGGCUAGCAGGAUCACCACAGCAACAGCGGUCCUCUCUGUCUUCACCCGCACACCCCACCUGCAGGCCCGCCUGGGGCAGGACAUGCUGCUCGACUGUGGCUUUUCGGCUCCAUCCGUGGCCUUCUCCGUCGAGUGGCGCCACCAGCAUAGCGGGGCAGGGCGGGUGAUCCUGGCCUACGACGGAGCUGCCCAGCGUGUCUCGGUGUCUGAGGACGGGGCCCGGCUCUUUCUGGAUCCCACAAGUGGCAACAUCUCACUGCAGCUGCAGGGCGUCCAGGUGCACCAUGAGGGGAUCUACAUCUGCUCCGCCUACCUGCCCCACCUGCAUGCCCAGCAAACUGUGGAGCUGAAGAUCGUGGAGCCACCCAAGGUGACCCUCCGCCCAGACCCGUUCUCGGUGCCCCCCAGCACCCACACAGAGCUGGCCUGCGAGGUCACUGGCUACUACCCCCAGAGCGUCUCCGUGGUCUGGAAGCAGCGCAGCCCCGGCAAGGCCCAAGAGGUCCUCCUGGACACUUGGGAAUCGGGGCACCGGCAGUCGCCCAACGGCACCUACAGCUUCACCAGCUAUGCCCGCCUGCCACCUGUCCAGCCAGGAGACCAGGGGGCCUCGUACAGUUGCCAUGUGGCUCAUGUGGGGCUGGGCGGGGCAGGGCUCCAGAAGGCCGUGAAGCUGCACGUGGCAGGGUCCUCGGGCCCCUCUGUAGAGGACGUCAUUGGCCUCUUCCUGAUUGCCUUUGCACUUCUUGGCUUUCUGCAGGCGAUUUCCAGGCAAGUGUUCGGAGAGAAGGAGAAGUCCAAGAAAGUGGAAUGAACUGGACAGCGGACGUCCUCCUGGGUCAUGGAGCCUCCCUUUGGAUCUUCAAGAAAGGGGCAAAGAAGAAACCUGGUGGAGGCGUCUCCCCGUGGAUUUUAGUUGGCAAUUUGGGGAGGGGGUGCUGAAAUUGCUUGGUGUGUGCUUGUCUCCCCUUCCCACAAAAAGGAAGCAGGAAUCCCAGUCUUCUUCCCACCCCACCCCUUUGGCAGAUGGGGAGGCCUGCCUGCCCACCCCAGGGCCCUUUGAAUGGGUAGGAGCCUGCCCUCACUUUCUCACCGUGACAGCUUUCACAGCAGAGCCAUGGUUUCCUGACAGCAGUGCAGCCGGCUUUUAGCUGUGCAAACUCUCCCAAAAUAUUGGCCCUGGUGGCUCCUGAAAUAAUGGAACCCGCCUGGUCUGCUCUGGGCUCAAAGAGGGGAGGCAUUUAAAAAGCCAGCAGAGGGCCUGGCACCAGAUUUUCUCCCUUGUAAUCUGACCAUGGAUAGUUAAGCAAUUUUGGUUUCAAA